AUGUCCAACAAUCGAAGCGCACAACAUCGUAGAAGACAUCUUGCUCAAGCUCGCCCAUUCGAAGAAAUUCUGGUUCGAAAUCCAAAUAGAAGUAAUCCUCGUCCAAUGCGUGCAAAUCCAAAUGGUGGCCACAAUUUUCUAUCAUAUUUAUCACAUGGAUAUCAAUUUUAUGGUGCACCUAGAAUACGUGCUCCAGUUAAGUUACAAACAGUAUCCACGCAUCACCGUAAAAAAGAGCCACUGAGUAAUUAA